CAGUAUGGUACUAACUUAAAGUUCUGUGAAUUUUCAUUAAAAAUAUAUUUCAUAUUAUUGCAUUAUAUUAGCGUACGCUAUUAUUAUGUAUAUUUAUAGACACAUUUGAAGACUUACCUCCUAGACAUUAUUUUAUUAAUUUCAACCAAAAAUAACAAAAUAUUAAUAAUACUGCAUUUUUAUAGUUAAUAAUUUGUUUAAAAUUUACAAGCCAAAAAUACAGCGAUUUAUGGCCACAAGAUGACAACUAUUACAACAAAUAAAUGGAGUUGGGAUAAUUUGAUAAAAAAUGUUCUGUGUCUCACACAUCCGGAUAAGUCUUGGACACCUUACAUGACAUGGACGCAACGUUUUUUCACCCAAGUGCUAACCUAUGGAGAGAUGCCAAAACAUGUAGCGUUUAUUAUGGACGGAAGUUAUGGUGAGAAAAAUUUUAUUUCUGCGCAAGAAAGGUAUGCAAAAGGGUUUGACAAAUUAGUCGAAACAUUACAAUGGUGCUUACAUUUAGAUAUAAAAGAAGUUACCGUGUACGCGUUCAGUUUACAUAACUCUAAGCGAACCCAAGAAGAAAUCGAUGCAUUGUUUGAGGAAGUAAAAACAUUUUUAGAAGAAAAAGAUACGUUGAAUGAGCUAGGUGUAUGUAUUAAUUUUUUUGGAAACAUCAAAAAAUUACCAGAUGAUUUGGUUAAAUUAUUCGCAAAAUCAAUGCUCAUAACAAAACAAAACAAUAAGAUAUCAUUAAAUAUUGCAUUUUCUUAUACUGGACAUGAUGAAUUAACAAAUGCAUUCAACCAAAUAUCUCAUGGUAUUAAAAACAAUGAUUUGGAAGGAUCAGAUUUAUCAGUGGAAAUUUUAGAUAGUUGUAUGUAUACCUAUCCGUCCCCACCACCUGAUUUAUUAAUACGCACAUCUGGUGAGACUAGACUGAGUGAUUUUAUGUUAUGGCAGUGUUCUUACAGCUACAUUUAUUUUACAUCAGUCUUAUGGCCAGAAUUGACUGCAUGGGACUUUAUGAUUGCUAUUUUCAUGUACCAAAGAAAUGUUAGAGCAUUUAUACGUUAUAAAUUACCUACUAAAAGAUUGAGUUUAAGGGCUGAAAAAUUUGUUGAAAAUGUACAGCAGAACCGGUUAAAUAGUCUUUAUACAAUUGCGUGAUAAUAUAAUAAUAUUAUUAUUGUUUUUUUUUUCUUAAUUUAUGAAGGUGUAUUUUAUUUACAUAUAGUGAUUAUUUAUUUACGGAUUUGUUAUUUAUUUUUUGAUUUUUUAUAUUACGUACUGAGAACUGACUUGUAUCGAACUCGAAGUAUUGAACCUUGAUACGAUUAUACGAUCAGUAUAAUAAUAUAUUGUAGGUAUAACUAUAUAAAAAUAUAAAAUCUACAUUAUUACCAUUAUAAGUACUAACUAAGUAUUAUAUAACUAUUACAUAUCACCGUACUAAUACGCAUAGAACUUUUUUUCUUGAAAAUCUAAUUGAUGUGUAAAUGUGUAAGCUAGUAUACCACAAUGACAAUAUUAUGAUACCAGAGCACAAUGUAGAGACCCGGCACAAUAGAGAACCUAUAUGCGUAGUUAUAUAAUAUACAAUAUAAUAAUAAACAUUAAACAUUUUAAGUUUAAACUUUUAAUACUUCUGAUUACUCAUUAAGCCCUCCUCAUUAUAAUUUAUAAGUGAAUAAUGAUAAACCCGCUGAACUGUAUUUUGUGUAUUUACCUAUUAUUACUCCAUCAUUAUAUAAUAUAUUAAUAUAUAUUAUUAACUAUUCA